AUGCAUGCGUUACACGAUAAGGGCAAAAACCCCUACUUAGAGGCUUUAAAUGCUCACCCUUGGAGCAGCAGCGAGGGCUACAUCCAGGUCCGCCCUGGGGCCUUCAUGUUCUAUUGGCUGUACUACGCUGAUGGUAAAGUUAAGGAUGCCAACAAGAAGCCUCUAGUGAUAUGGAUAGAUGGGGGAGUGGCGGCCAGCGGCGUGGCCAACUUCUUGGAGGUUGGACCUUUUGAUGAGGAGUUUAGGCCGAGGAAUCGGUCUUGGGCUAUCGGAAGGAAUAUACUGUUUCUCGAUCAGCCCGUUGGUAGUGGCUUCAGUUAUGUCAAGGAUAUGAAUGUUAAAUUGUAUCCGCAAUCUGAUAAAGAAGCAGCGGUAGAUCUUUUGCGAGCUAUAAAGGAAUUCUACAAGAAAUUCACAGAAUUCCGAAAGACUCCUGCGUAUAUUUUUGGUCAAAGCUAUGGCGGCAAGCUGGUGCCACGGUUGGGGUGUUACUUGGCAAAGGCAGUAUCAAACGACCACAUUGAGAUGAACUUCCAGGGAAUCGGCAUAGGAAGCGGCUGGGUCGACCCCAAGGAGUCCACUCUGGCGAAACCUUACUUCUUGUACAACAUUGGCUGGAUAGACAUGAAGACAUUUUACACAACGCUUCGGCUAGCAGGCGAGGCCGCCAUGCAAAUGGACAGAAGACAUUACGACAGAGCGAAUCUUCUAGACUUCAACUUGCUAUACAACAUCGUGUCUCAAGGGGCAGACUUACACUUCGGCGCUCCGAUAGCAAAACUAAACGAUUUAAAACACAAAAUGAAUACGUAUGUGAAACCUACGUUAGAGAAAUUGAUGGGGGAAAAGAUUCAGUGGGACUAUGUGGGGUUGGAGGUGUUGCACAGCAUGAAUAAGAGUUUUAUGGUGCCUUCUACUAAGUUUGUGGAAUUACUAUUAAAUCACACUAAGUUAAAGAUUGCAGUUUACAAUGGCAACUUGGACGCUGUUACACCUAUUGCGGGCACAACCAACUGGCUGAACAGCCUCAAGUGGUGCGGCUCUCAGGGCUUCCUGCAGGCGCGGCGGCGGCGACUGGCCAGCGACGAGCGAGCCCUCGGCUUCUACAAGGCACACCAUCAGCUCAGCUUCUGGUGGAUCUUUGACGCCGGGCAUUUUUGGGUGAGGGAUUUUGAAUGGGAGUUUUUCUGGUUCAGUAGUUGCUACUUCUUUGGAUUGAUGUAA